GUCUCUUCCAUCGAUCUAAACCACAAUCUUGUUUGACCAUCUUGUUUCUUUUUCUCUUUCCAGUCUUCUUCAGUCUUCUUCAAUUUUGCUGAAUUAAUCUCUUAGAGAAAUGUUUUUUAUUUUUAUUGUAAAGGUAUCAUUACAAGUUUAAUUUCCCUAUAGUGUGUCUUUACCUUUUGACUUGCCUACCUCUCGAGACAAAAAGAGAACGACAAACACUUUCUGUCUUUCUUUUCUCUCUCCCUUUUCAUAUUUUUAGAGUUUAUUUUCCACUAAAUUUGUAGCUAAUUAUGGCCUUAGAGGCUGUUGUUUACCCGCAAGAUCCUUUGUCCUACAGCUCCUCCAAAGAUUUUCCGUUUCGCGAUUUAUACUUUCAACAAGGAGAAGAUCAAGAUCCACCAGACACCAAGAAUAACAUUAAGCUAGGGCAAGAAAAAAGACAAGGGUUUGCGAGUAUUAAUUACAACCGUAAAGGCGGAGAUAACAGUGAUGAUUAUAGUUACAACGAUCAGGCGGAUCUUCAGUGGCCACGAGACGAGCUUCCUUAUGGAUCUAUUGUCAACACCAAGAACCAUCCUCCGGCCUUGGAUGUGGCCACUGGAGGAGAGAGGAAGAAGAGGAGGAGGACUCGGAGUAGCAAGAACAAGGAAGAGAUCGAGAACCAGAGGAUGACUCACAUCGCCGUCGAGAGAAAUCGCCGGAAACAAAUGAACGAGUACCUCGCCGUCCUCCGUUCUCUCAUGCCACCUUCUUAUUCUCAAAGGGGAGAUCAAGCGUCAAUAGUAGGCGGAGCCAUUAACUACUUAAAGGAGCUUGAACAUCAAUUACAAUCGAUGGAGCCUCCCGUAAAGACCACCGCCACAGAAGAUGCUGGAGCCGCCGCCGGCGACAAGAACAACACA